GGUGGCAAUGGCAAAUUAUCUUGGAGUUACCUCAGCAGUGUCAUUUGUCUGGGUUAUUACAUUCCUGGCUCAAAAUUACUUCGUAGCAGGUUCCAUUAAUUCACCUUGCAGGAUCAAGGGUAUAGCAAUUUAUCUUGAUGAGAAAGUGAAUUUCUCAGAAGCAAGUAAUAGAUGUAGUCAAUUAAAUCUACAGCUAGCAAGUGAAAAACAAGUUGAAGAGUCUCUGAAACAUGGCUUUGAAACAUGCAGCUUUGGAUGGGUGAAAGAGGGAUUUGCUGUUAUUCCUCGCAUAACAUCCAACAUGAAAUGUGGACAGGGAAAAACUGGAAUAGUGCAAUGGAAAGUUGAGAAGUACAGAAAAUUUCAUCUCUACUGCUUCAAUUCCUCAGAUGUCCAGAUUAACUCAUGUCAACCAGACCCAACUCCCACAUUUCCUUCGUCAACUGCAUCCAGGGACUUCACUGCAUAUUCAGCCUCUGAUUCGACUGAGAACAUCACAGCAGUGCCCACUGUGGCUGUGACUGAGUCAGAACAGUUCCCCAAAAAGAGAUUUCGUGUCAUAUGUGUGACUGAAACACUCUUACCAACAGAGGGGACCACCACACCAAUGCCAGAGGAGCAUUUGCUCACUGCCUCUCCCAAGCACACUCGCCACCCGACCUUCAAGAAUGAUGCUGUUGUUUUUGGAGGUAUCCCCACUGCACUUCUUGUACUGGCAAUCAUCUUCUUCAUUAUUUCAGUUGUUCUAGCAGUCUGUUAUAUCAAAAAGUACAAGAAAACCUUCCCAUUUUUAAACAAGAAUCAGCAAAAAGAAACAGUUGUAACCACUGCUCUCGAAGAGACAAAAUCAAAUGACCAAACACCUGAGAAGGAAACACAGAACAAUGGAAAUAAGGUAGAGGAGUGUAAAACUAAGCCUGAGGCCACAGUAAAAUGUCUAGAAGCAGAAGUUUAAAGGAAAGAAUGUACAGUUCUUGAUGGAAGCAUAAAAUGAAGCUCACAGAACUUAGCAGUGCUUUUAAACAUUAAGUGAUUGUAAAUACUCAUAUUUUCUCUAUCUUUAACAUAUGAAACCUUGCUUAUUAAUAAUUGCAUCUUUAGCAACAAAUAUUCUUGCAGAAGAACAUGGCAUCUUAUUUACUUGAAAAAAAUUCUACAAAUCCAUAUUACAGCUCAUUUUUCAUCUCCAAUAAAGAAGUAGUUAGGAAUAUGCUAUGAAUGACAUGCACUAGGUUAACUAUUUGCAUGGAAUUCAGAUCAAUGUAUAAUGAAAAUGGUUUUAUAUCUGGCUGGAGGAUGUCUGCUAGCCUAAUGCCUAAAAUAAAUUGUUGGCACUGUAGUUCUUCCUCAUGUAGAUUAGCUUAUUUCUAUUCAGUAGAUGCAUGAUGUUUUUAAAAAUAUCUGUUUACAAACAGAUGAAACAGUUCUGUUUACAAGGGAGUAAAAACUCAAAGGAUUAUCCCACUGUCAUUCAAAUACCCAAGGAAGGGUACAAACAUGCUGUUGUUUAUAUAUACAUGUAUAUAUAUAUUUACAGCAAUGAAUAACUUUCUUAGGUACCUUCAUUGUAUCAUAAUUUACUGUUUUAUUUAUUGAAACCACUAUCAUUCUUCCACAUCAGAUAUUUGACAGAGGGAGACAAAAAAACUCUUGAACAAGACUUAUACUGGAGAUGAUUUGUGUGUACUCAAGUGUGGCUUUCUCAAUAAAGGUCUCAGGUGGUAUGGGAUGUCUACAGUACUCCUUAAAAAAUAAACUGUGGUGGAUAAGUUUGUCUGGACAAUUUAUUAUCA